GUCCUGCCAAAUCUCUCAUUGCUAAAUGACCCACGCUGAUUUAUUUUCAGCAGUUUUCGUUGACUUGGGUCUGUUGGUGCUUCGUCCCCCUUAUCCAUGCCAUGCCCUGUCUUCUGGCCAGCAUGAGAUAGCUCAUCCUCAAAUGCAGCAUCCAACUCAGGAUCAAGCUGAUCAUACUCAGCAGCAAGCUCAGCCUCUAAAUUACGCUCUUCAAUCAGCUCCUCUGCAUCCUCCUCCAUUUGUGCCUCAUCACCAAGCUCCUGAUCAAGCAAUGGAGGCUAAGGCUGCUGCUGCUGCACUUGCGAGGGUGGAUGUAGAGGAAUUGGCAACUGUGGCUGGUGUAGCUGUGUGGCUCGGGGGGGGUCAAAAUGGGCUGUUGUUCCUGCUGUGAGGGAGGCUGGCUCAAACUUGGCAAUUGCUGCCAUGAGGGAGGCUGGCUCAAACUAGGCAAUUGCUGCUGUGAGGGAGGCUGGCUCAAACUAGGCAACUGCUGUUGUGUGGGAACAGCCUUACGAGGUCCACGAAUAAGUCACCGGAGUUGCUUUUGUGCUUUACCUAGUGUAUUACUGGCUUCUUGAGACGAUGAUUCACCUAGAGUACCUCGUUCCAUAUUUGUAUACACAAAAAUAAAAAAAUUUACAUAAG